AUGCUUUUAUUGCCUUUCUUUCAGGAAGCCAUAGGCAGCGGAUCAUUUGGUAAAGUUUACAAGGGGACAUAUCGUGGCAAAACAGUCGCCAUCAAGCGAUAUCGCGCAGUUGCGUUUGGCUCGAAAAGUGAGGUUGAUAUGUUCUGUCGGGAAGUGUCAAUCCUCAGCAAGCUCCAGCAUCCAAAUGUGAUCACGUUUGUGGGUGCCUGCUUGGAUGAUCCAAGUGUGAGUUAG